UCAGUAACGAAGCAGGUCUGGAUGAAAAGCUGCCAGGCAGAGAAACACAUGAGUUUUAUAGAAAGGGAUCCUAAGCAUGGAAACAGACUGGUUCCCAUGCAGCUUUGAAAAACAACGUCCAACCUUGAACAUGUAACCAAAAUAGUUUAACUUGGUGGGAAUAUACUGGAACUUAGAAUAAACAUAUAGCAAUACAACUAGCAGGUGUGACCUUACUUUAAUUUUUCCACUACGUUGUGUCAUUUUUGUGGAUUUUUGACGUCAUAGUUUAGCAUGUGUCAUUUUUCCAUGAAUUAGAGUUCCUCAAAUCUCAAAUUUGAAGACUGUAUAACCAAAAUAACAGAUUAUAAAUAAUAAAUAUUUUUAUCGUUUCUCUAUUUAUUCAAUAAUUUAGAAGGAGAAAGGAUUUUCUGAAUUGAAAUUGUUGCUUAUUUAGUUGAUAUAAUUUGAUUAAAAUGCGACCUCUCCUAGCCGUGACACCGGGAAGCAGAAGAUGCUCAGGGAACCCGAACCUUUACCCGAACCCUGAUCUAACGCUAACCCUUCACCUGCAGUAAACUCAGCGCUCGUUUCGUCUUCGCCAGGUGCCGAUGAUCAGUGGGCGGGGCUUGGCUCACACCGGAGGAACUCUGGAUAAACUGGAAUCCAUUCCAGGAUUCAGCGUCCAACAAUCAGCCGACCAGAUCCGGACCAUCCUGGCCACCGUGGGCUGCUGCAUCGUGGGUCAGACGGAGAUGCUGGUUCCGGCUGAUCGGGUUCUGUACGCUCUGAGGGACGCUACCAGCACCGUGGACAGCCUCCCACUCAUUACUGGUUCCAUCAUCUCAAAGAAAGGAGCCGAGUCUCUGUCCGCUCUGGUGCUGGACGUGAAGUUCGGACGCGCGGCGCUGUACAAAGACCUGCAGAGUGCCAAGCAGCUCGCUCAGCUCUUAAUGGAAGCAGGCAGCAGCCUGGGCAUCCGAACGGGCGCCGUGCUGAGCCGCAUGGACGGGACGAUCGGCCGAUGUGUGGGAAACAGCCUGGAGGUGAUCGAAUCCCUGGAGACGCUCAAGGGAAAUGGACCCGACGACCUGAUGGAGCUGGUCACGACACUCGGUGGAAUGCUGCUGGAGAUGACGAACCUGGCACCGGGCCUAUCAGAGGGCAGAAAGCAGAUUUACGACGCUGUGAUUGGUGGAGCUGCCUUGUCUAAAUUCGAGGCCAUGAUGACGGCUCAGGGCGUGGCCAAUCAGACGGCCCGGACGCUUUGCUCCACCCACACAGAUUACUACAGCGUCCUGAGGAAAUCAGACCAUCAACUGGAACUUAAGACUCCUACAGAUGGAGUAGUUGUCGGUGUGGAUGGUUUGGUUCUGGCUCAGGUUCUGCAGAAAUUGGGGGCGGGGCGAUCGAAGGCAGGGGAGCCAAUCAAUCACAGCGUGGGGGCGGAGCUUCUGGUGUCUCCCGGUCAGACUGUACAAAAAGGUGCCUCCUGGUUGCGGAUUCAUUAUGAGGAUCCAGCUCCGGGUCCAGAUCAGAUCAACGUGCUGCAGAAAGCUCUGACUGUAGGAAAAAACAAUAACAGCGAAGCAGAACAUGUGUGCACUUUAGUAGCAGAAAUACUGCCGCCUCACCGUGAGAUUAUGUCACACUGAUCCACACUGUAUGGUUUCUGUUACAGUCCUAACAAAAAGUAGCAAAUCUUCAAAUCAAAAAGCAGUUUCUGCAUAUCUUUCCAUCUACCCAUUAAACUUCCACCUUUUUAGGUAAUAACUUUUACAUUUUGUUAAACUUAAGAGAUGCAUAUACUUUUUCAGUGUGCCGGGAUUAUAACAUAAUUAAAUUGAAGACAGUACAGUACUUUUGUUAGUUUACCACCAAAACAGUAAUUCAAGGACUUUACAAAAGAACAUUCAAAGAUAAUUGCAAAAUAAAAACAAUUCUAAGUGUAUUAAAUGGAAGAUAAAUAAAGAAAGCUAAGUUUCAAAAUCAUUAUUUUAGUGACAAACCUUUCCUUUCUAGUAAAUCAAUAUACGUCUCUUCAGAACAUUGUAUGUUUGGGUUCUCGGCGCCCUCUGCUGGACAGUUAGAAAAUACGCAGCAUGCUGUGAAACGUAAAAAUAAAAUAAUUUCAACUAUUUUCAAUAAACUGACCGACGUCCCAGACAGAUUGCCUCUAAUUUUAAACAGCAAUCAGUAGCAUAACAGUGCACGAAACAAAUUAAUGACAACAAAUAUUGGAGGAAAAUGUUAAGCGACAACACGCAUAAUCUUAUUUUUAAAUUAAGAAUCUUUUUAUGUGCAUCAGCGUAAAAGGCGCACAAUUUAUCAAGGAGAUGGUGAAUAGUAUAUACACUAAGACGUAAAGCGG